GGCUCAGCGCUGUCAUGGCGGCAGAGAGCAGCAGCAGCACCACCACCACCAGCAGCAGCAGCAGCCGUAGCAACUGCUAAGACAGGCAGGAAGCGAUGGAGGAGCUCAUCGCGGCGGCGGCGGAGUGAAGGAGCUGCACAGGAAACUUCAAGCUGCUUGCCUGAGGUCGAAGUUCUUUCCCCUGCCCUCUUCUCUACCCCGGGCAGGUAGAAGCCAGGCUGUUGGUGGGGAAGCACCGGAGACACCUCCCGCCUGUGGAGCUGCCUGGUGUCGGGAGAGCCUUGUCCCUCCCCGCCGGCCCCGUCCGCGGCAGAGGCGAGGAGCAGCAGGGCUGGUUUUCAGAUUAAAGAGGCCACUGUCCUUGUGCCGAGGGAAGGAAAACAAGAUUAUCUCAGCGCUCAGAAACUGUACCCGAGGCUACGGAUUGAACUUUUUUAUAUUAUUUCUGGGGUGCUGGCUUCUGCUGGCAACCUGGAAGUGAACUAAGCUAUGGCGAGUGAAGAGAAACAGGUUUCUUCUCCUCGGCCAACAGGUGAUGAUGGAGGAGGGGGAGGUGGUACCGGAGGAGGAAAAGAAGGAAACACGGCCGAAAUGGAGAGCAAGCUGCAGCCUUUGAAUCCAGGAAUCCCUAUUCGUGGUAUCAGGAUGAAAUUUGCUGUUCUGACAGGACUGGUGGAAGUCGGAGAAGUAUCCAACAGGGAUAUUGUGGAAACUGUGUUUAAUCUGCUUGUAGGAGGUCACUUUGAUCUGGAAAUGAACUUUAUUAUACAAGAUGGAGAGAGUAUUACUUGCAUGGUGGACUUGCUGGAUAAAUGUGAUGUCACUUGCCAGGCUGAGGUGAGCAUGUUUACAGCCAUCUUGAAGAAAAGUAUACGAUCUCCAAAUUUGCACAGAAGUGGGUCUGUUGAGCACGUGCUCCAGAGGAUUGAUAAAGCUGACAAUAUGAUUGCAGAUCUCCUAGUUGAUAUGCUGGGAGUAUUAGCAAGCUACAGUGUGACAGUUCGGGAGUUAAAGCUGUACUUCAGCAAACUUCAGGGAGACAAAGGGAAAUGGCACCACAUGCUGGAAAGCUGUUGUCUGUGUUAAAGCACAUGCCUCAGAAGUAUGGUCCUGAUGCCUUCUUCAACUUUCCGGAAAAAGUGCUGCAGCUAUUGCCUUACCUCCUAUCGCCGACAAUGG